UAUCAGAAAACCACAAGAAAAUCCGACAGAAUGAAGGGAGGUAUUGCUGCUGCCGCUUUCGCGGCCCUGGUCGGCAGCGCCACCGCGCUCAACCACCGCCACGCCCACGCCGGUCUUCACAAGAAGAACGUCGCCGAGACCUGCGGUUGCACCACCAUCUACACCUACAUCACCGGCGAGCCCACGCUUGUGCCCAACCCUCCUCCCCAGACAAGCUCCGAGUCGUCAAGCUCGUCUGCGAUCGUGACACCCAGCUCCUCGUCCGUCGCCCCCGAGGUCCCCACGACAACUUCGACUCCUCUUCCCGAGCCUACCACCUCGGAGGAGGUCAAGGUCCCCGUGCCUACCCCCGAAGUCACCACCUGCCCUACGCCUGGCACCUACACCAUCCCGGCCACCACCGUGACCGUUCCCGAGACCACCACCGUCUGCGUCCCCACCAGCGUCCACGUUGUUCCCGGAACCCACACCGUCGGUGGCGUGACCACCGUCGUCGUCGAGGCUACCACCGUGACUUGCCCCGUGGCUACCGUCACCACCCAGCCUAACGGCGUUGUUACCAGCACCAUCGUCCAGACCGAGUACGUCUGCCCCUCGGCUGGUACCUACACCAUCAACCCCAUCACCACCACCGUGACCGAGGAGUGCGACGUCGAGUUCCCCGUCCCCACGAGCUACAACCCCGGUACCUACACUGCUCCCGAGCAGGUUAUCACCGUCACCGAGACUGACUUCGUCUACGUCUGCCCUUACACUAGCUCUGGUCUCCCUGAGCCCACCAAGGCCCCUGAGACCCCCGAGGCCCCUAAGGAGGAGGUGACCACCAAGGUUGAGACCCCCAAGGAGACCAAGGUUGAGACCCCCAAGGAGCAGGAGACCGAGACCGAGGAGCCCACCAAGGAGACCACCAGCAAGAGCAACACCGGUCACUUUGAUGGCAGCUUCGGUGGUAGCGGCGACCACUACGGUAUCACCUACACACCUUACGAUGAGUCCACUGGCGAGUGCAAGUCUGCCAGCCGCGUCGACAGUGACAUUCAAGAGAUCAAGAAGAACGGUUUCCAGGUUGUCCGUGUCUACUCCACUGACUGCGACACUCUCCCUUCCGUCGGCGAUGCCUGCAAGAAGCACGGUCUCCAGAUGCUGAUCGGCCUCUUCGUCAAGGAGACUGGCUGCUCCCCCGACACCCCUGAGAUCAAGGAGCAGAUUGACGCCAUCUCCGAGUGGGCCCAGUGGGAUCUUGUCAAGCUCUUCAUUGUUGGCAACGAGUCCAUCAUGAACGGCUUCUGCACCCCUACUGAGCUUGCUACCCUCAUCAAGACCGUCAAGUCCAAGUGCUCCGGCUACACUGGCCCCUACACCAUUGCCGAGACCCUCGACCAGUGGCUCGACCCCAGCACCGCUGCCGCCAUCUGCGACGAGAUUGACUUCACCGGCGCCAACAUCCACCCCUUCUUCAACGAGGCCAACCUGGCCACGCUCGCCGGCAAGUUCGUCAAGGGCCAGCUCGCCAUCCUUGACAAGAUCUGCAAGGGCAAGUCCGCCGUCAACCUGGAGUGCGGCUGGCCCAACAACGGCAGCCGCUGCAACGGCGAGGCCUGCCCCGGCAAGUCUCAGCAGGCUGAUGCUCUCAAGUCCAUCCGUGAGGAGUGCGGUGACCGCACCAUCUUCUUCUCCUUCGGCAACGAUGCCUGGAAGGAGCCUGGCGAGUACGGCUGCGAGCAGUUCUGGGGUGCCCAGGACUACUUUGCCUCCCUGUAAGAGUGCACUUUUGGUUUCGACCCUUGCAGCUUUUGCCCCAUGGUCUGUCUCUGUCUCCUAGAGCGCUGGGGUUGGCAAUCAACGCUGGCAUCCCGGUCCCAAAGGCCCGUCGAGUCACCCGCCUGCUUAUGCAGAUAUGGUCACACCCAGAGCCACGAUCAUCGCUACCUCUCUUCCGGUGCUGAUUCCGUCGGUCUUGCGCAUCCUUGGGGACAGAGUCUGGCGGUGAGGUACAAACGCAAGGCGUGAGUGUCUAUUCUUACUUUUCUCUGGGUACAUUUUUUUCUCGCAUAUCUACAAAGCAUGGUCCGCGUCAUUUGGGAAGACUCGGAGAGCAGUCAUAUCUACUGGGAUGCCGUGAAGCAUGAUUCACACAACUGCUGUAAUUUAUUAGUGUUUAUUAUGGAACGACGUAUUUACAUGAAUAAGCUCGUACAUAUGAUUC